AUGGCAGUCAGACUGUGUGAUGUGGCUUCUCUGCUUAGAAGUGGUUCGUGGGCAGCAGAGCCUUGGACUGGGCAGGUAAUUGCUGCCAUGGAAACACAACUGUCUAAUGGGCCAACUUGCAAUAACACAGCCAAUGGCCCUACUACCAUAAACAACAACUGCUCAUCACCAGUUGAUUCUGGGAACACGGAGGACAGCAAAACCAAUUUAAUAGUCAACUAUCUCCCUCAGAAUAUGACACAAGAAGAGCUCAAAAGUCUGUUUGGGAGCAUUGGUGAAAUAGAAUCCUGCAAACUUGUAAGGGACAAAAUCACAGGACAGAGUUUGGGAUAUGGAUUUGUGAAUUACAUUGACCCUAAGGAUGCUGAAAAGGCAAUCAAUACUCUGAAUGGAUUGAGACUUCAAACCAAAACUAUAAAAGUUUCUUAUGCACGGCCAAGCUCAGCUUCUAUUAGAGAUGCAAACUUGUACGUCAGCGGUCUCCCCAAAACCAUGACUCAGAAAGAACUAGAACAGCUGUUUUCCCAAUAUGGACGUAUUAUUACUUCCCGCAUUCUUGUUGACCAAGUCACUGGAGUUUCAAGGGGUGUGGGGUUUAUCCGGUUUGACAAGCGGAUUGAAGCUGAAGAAGCCAUCAAGGGUUUGAAUGGGCAGAAACCUCCAGGGGCCACGGAACCCAUCACCGUAAAGUUUGCCAACAAUCCAAGCCAAAAAACAAAUCAGGCCAUCCUCUCCCAGCUGUACCAGUCUCCAAAUAGGAGGUAUCCAGGACCCCUCGCUCAGCAGGCUCAACGUUUUAGGUUGGACAAUCUGCUCAAUAUGGCUUACGGAGUAAAGAGCAGGUUUUCUCCAAUGACCAUUGACGGAAUGACCAGUUUGGCUGGGAUCAAUAUCCCAGGACAUGCGGGAACCGGAUGGUGCAUUUUUGUGUACAAUUUAGCUCCUGAUGCAGAUGAGAGCAUCCUGUGGCAAAUGUUCGGACCCUUCGGAGCCGUGACAAAUGUGAAGGUUAUCCGCGACUUCAACACAAACAAGUGCAAAGGUUUUGGAUUUGUGACUAUGACAAACUAUGACGAAGCCGCCAUGGCAAUAGCCAGCCUGAAUGGAUACCGCCUUGGAGACAGAGUCUUGCAGGUUUCCUUUAAAACAAACAAAACGCACAAAGCCUAA